GCUUUCCACACCGAGAUGGGUGUACUGAGUGCGAAUGCCAAAGCCGGAGUCUACCUCCUCCACGUCGCUGCAUUCUUCCUGGUCUUGUCCACUACCUCUACAGCAUUAAACAUCACCAAAUCGCUUGAAGAGUACUUUGAGUUUAGCACUCUGAGCGAUCUUCUCAAGAAGACCAAGUUGACCGAAGCUAUCAACCAUCGUCAAACCAUUACGGUUCUAGCCUUGGACAACGGUGCCAUCAAAUCCAUCGCAGACAGGCCCAACGAUGAACUUAGGAAAAUCCUCAUGAAUCACAUUAUCCUUGACUACUUCGAUAAGGAAAAGAUCCGAAAGCUGGGAAAGAAGAGUGCCCUUCUCACCACUUUGUAUCAAACCACUGGCUCCGCUUCCAACCAAAAUGGUUUCGUCAACCUUACAAGGAUAGCACCCGGUGAUGUUGUGUUCGGUUCAGCCACCAAGGGUUCACCACUAGUUGCUAAGCUUCUAGGUUCUGUCAUUUCCCAGCCUUUCAACUUAUCAGUCCUCCACAUUAGCACACCCAUCGUGGCUCCUGCCUUUGGUGAUCCCGUCCUUGCUCCACCACCACCACCCGGUUCCAAGCCACCGGCCCCUGCUCCCAAGAAGUCUAAGUCUAGAAGUAGCAGUGCCCCUGGUCCCAAUGAGGAGGAAGAAGCUGGGGAUGAAGAGGCACCAGCGCCAUCUCCAUCCGAUGCACCUGCCCCAUCUCCUAAAUCCUUCAAGGCCAAGUCGCCCCCUAAACCCAAAACUUCUGAUGGCGAUUACCAAGAUUCUGAAGCGCCUUCUCCUUCCGCUUCUUCUUCACUAGUGUGGUCCUGGUCAAGCCUUGGCGUUGCAGCGCUCAUAGGAUUUGUAGCCUUCUAACGGAGUUUGCGAUACUUGAUAACGUGGAGAGCCAACCCAAUUUUAGCUUUAUAUUUUUAUAUUAUAACGAAAGCCAGGCUUGAGAAAGCCUAAUCCCCGUUAUAUGAAUAACUGAAACACUCCCAUCUACUCACUUUUAUAUUUUUACAGUGUAGUGAUUGAAAAUUAAUAAAUUCCAAUUAUUUGUGAUACA